AGCUGAUCGCGUGAUUGUAAACAAGAUACCUAGAUAACGACCGGGAGCAUCUUUGGUCCAUGCCAAAAAUCAAUAAUUUGAUCCGGACAGAGGUUAUGCUACGCCCUCCCAUUCGUUGCUCUCGUCUUGUGCUUACUCUAGUCCAUUGCGAUAUAGUGCUGUAGAUAGAGAAGCUGUAGUUGUCCACAUCCCGGUUUGAAGCAAAUCUUCUGAAAUUCAAGCAAUAAUGAGUAAGUUUGGAGGGAGGAGAAUGUCCGACAGCGUCGAUUACGAGGGCGACCAAAGCGAACAAUACGAGGAGAGUCCGAGGGACAGUUCUUACUUGGCUGGCCGUGAGCCUGACUAUGACGGCGUGGACGAGGAUGAGGAUGAUGAACAAGUCGGCAGUAUGAGCGUGGUGGUGUGCGGCCAGCCGUUCGAGCAUCGUGCUCAGUCGGCACGGCGUCGGACGAAGUCAGCGCAGCUUCGUCAAACCGGCGACACGGUGAAGCUGGCCGGUGUGAAAAGUCAGAUCUAUAACCCUGCGUUGCCCAGUCUCAGACGUAUGGACAUGGAUGAUACAGGGCAUCGGCUUACUUACGAACAUUCCCGAGCAACAUCAGCCUUGACCAGACGUUCCUUCAAUGACUGCCGUACAACGUUCUUCCAGCCAGCUACAAGCUUUCCAUCAAAGAGAAUAACGGAGGCAAGUCGGCCUCUGGAGGACCGCUUGCGAGUUCUUAGUGCAAGUGCUCCCACACGGCCUAUACCAUGGACCAGUCUCAUGCAAUCGCUUAGUACACGGCGAGAUGAGGCUGCAGACCGAACUCCAACACCAGUCCGCAAUGUUGGAGUUUUUGGCUUCACUACCCGUCAUCUUCAUCCAUCGCAAACACAAAGUUGGAAGCUUAACCUACGCGGCGGGACGGGAGUUGAUCAGAAAACGUACAGCCAGCAUCUCGUGCCGUCCGAUAUCAAUUUCCGGUAUCGCAACCGCUCACCGCAAUACAUGCAACGCGCAUCUACAGCUGCAUGGCAUUAAUGAUCUGUUAGUGAGAUGACAGUGAUCAUCCCAACUUUCCAGGAACAUCAGUUGUCGGCGCACACAACACGCCUAGCCAAGGCAGCAAGAAAUGGAUCAUAACAUUUCAACCAGAAUCCAAUAUAUAUAUCGAAAAAAGGCCAACGUAUUUUAAUCUAUAUUGAAAUGUUGAUAAUGUAAAUAUCAGAAAGUAUUCAAUGUACAGAAUUUUAGUGAUCUCGGAUUCAGAGAAUCCUUUGUCCACGUAUGUCCUGAAGUAUGCUGUGGUGUCUUUCGUAAGUUCCUAACAAUUUUUGAUACCAGAAAUUUGUGUGUGCGUGUGUGUAUUUGUUAUGCAUUGUACGUGUCUAAGUUCACUAAAUAAAUUCGAAUUCCUAACAAAGAAGAUAGUUGUGAUACUGUUCAAUGGAUUUGAAUAUGAAGUCAGUUGAGAA